AUGGCGUCCGAUACAAAAGUCUCCCUCCAGAACCUCCCUCGGAUCCUCGCCGAUGACGAUGCAGUCAAGGUUGCCGGCAUUGACGUCGACGGUCAGCUUCGUGGCAAGCUGAUGGCAAAGAGCAAGUUCCUCAAGAUUGCCGAAGACGGCUUUGGCUUCUGCUCCGUCAUCUUUGGCUGGGAUAUGCACGACCGAACAUACUUUCGCGAACUCGCCAUUAGCAACGCAGAGAACGGCUAUCGCGACCUGAUCGCUGUGCCGGACUUGAACUCAUUUAGAAGGAUACCGUGGGAGAACAAUGUUCCCUUCUUCCUCGUUACCUUUUACGAUUCCGCAACCCACGAGACACUGAGUGCUUGCCCGAGAUCGUUGCUCAAACGCAUGGUCGAGAAGCUUCACAAGGAUGGCAAAGGAGCAAUGGCAGGAGCCGAGUACGAGUUCUUUCAGUUUCGCGCGCCCGAAGGCAAAUCUGCUGCGACCUUCCUGCAGGAGAAUCCCGUCAACUCUCUCCCUUCUUUGACUGAGGGCAUGUUCGGAUACAGUAUCACAAGACCCGUCGUCAAUCAAGACUACUACUAUGGCAUAUUCGACAAUUGCAAGAAGUUCAAUUGUGGUAUCGAGGGCUGGCAUACGGAAUCUGGUCCGGGUGUCUUCGAGGCGGCUCUCGAGUUCGGCGAAAUCACUCAGAUGGCCGACAAGGCGUCCCUCUUCAAGCUUGUGGUCAAGUCGCUCGGAACCAAGUACGGCAUAACGCCUUGCUUCAUGGCAAAGCCCCGAGAAGGUCUGCCUGGAAACUCCGGACACAUGCAUGUCUCGGUGAUUGAUAAGCGCAACGGAGACAAUCUCUUCAUACGAUCCGAGCCUGAUCCAAAUCCUCCCUAUCCCGACCUAAAACACCUUUCAGAUCUAGGCCGACACUUUCUUGCGGGUCUCCUCGAAGGCCUCCCCGACAUCAUGCCUCUUCUUGCACCUACUGUUAAUAGCUACAAGCGUCUCGUCGAGAACUUCUGGGCCCCAGUAACAGUAUCCUGGGGACUUGAGCAUCGUGCCGCAUCAAUCCGACUGAUUGCGCCACCUACAGCCUCGCCGAAAGCGACGCGCUUUGAAGUCCGUGUGCCUGGAGCAGAUACAAACCCUCACUUUGUCCUGGCAGCCAUACUUGCUCUCGGCUGGAGAGGUGUUGAGAAGAAGCUCGAGAUAGCAGUGCCACCGUUGGGCAAGGGCGAGGACGUAGGCGGCUCCAGCGACAAAGGGCAGCGGCUGGCCAAGAGCCUCAAGGAGGCAACAGAAGUAUUCAAACGGAAAGACAGCAUUGCGCGGGAGGUGUUUGGCGAUGAGUUUGUGGAGCACUACGCCGGGACCAGAGAGCAUGAGAUACGGCUCUGGGACGAAGCAGUGACAGACUGGGAGGUCAGGAGGUAUAUCGAGACUGUGUGA